UUAUGAUGUAAAGUGUUUGAAAAUAGAAUUUAAGAUAUAGAAAUAGAUGGAGAAUAAAAGCUAAGAUAAAGUAAAUAAUUAACAAUGUUGCAUUGAUUAAUAUGGGAUUGAUAAAUUUAAUGAUACAUUAAAAGAAGAUUAUAAGUCAUGUUAAAAAAAAAGAGUGAUUGAAGAUAUAGAAAUAUAACUUAAGGGAAACAAUAUUAAUAAGAAGUAUAGUAGCUAUAGGAGUAAAAAGGUUAUUUCUAUUUUAAUCACUUGCCAUUAUCUUUGAAAAGAAGAUUGUAGGGAUUACACAAGAUCAAAUUUUGAAUGAUAUUCCCUAUAAUAUUUCAAGUUCAGAUUAGGAUCAAUUGAGUACUUCUUUUAGUUAUUUGGGAUUAUUAUUAAAGUAUAUAGCAAAGAUAAAAGAGGUGUAACAUUAAAAUAUAGAUUUAAAUUAAAUGGAAG